AUGACAAAAGGAGAAGAAAUCAAAGAACAAGCAUCCAACAUUGCAACUGAUGUAAAGGAAGGCACAGAGAAAUAUGUCAACGAUAUGAAGAAGGGAAUGGAGAAGGGAGUGGAAGAAGCCAAGGAUGCCAACAAUGGCGGAUUCAUCCAAGAGUUUAUUCACGACAUUGGUCAGAUGUCCAAAGAUCUAUGGGAUGGUACCAAGUCAAUGUUCCAUACUGGUCAAGAAGAAGCCCACCAAGACAUGAACAAGGGUAUGGACGAAGCCAAGGAGAAUCUCAGAAAGGCCGGUGACAAGAUCGAAGAGGGUUGGGAAAACACCAAGGAAAACGUCGAUGAAUACAUGGACAAGGGCAAGAAGAAGGCCGAGGAUUUCAAGCAACGUGAACAUGACAAGGAAUUCUCUCAAGAUCCAAUUGGAACCGUCAAGAAGAACAUCCAAGAAACUGCCGAGGGUGCCAAGAAGAAGGUGCAAGAAUGGACUGGCACUGAACCAUCUACUGGUGAAAAGGUCAAGGAUGCUGCCAAGGAUCUAGCCGAUGACACCAAGCAAGCUGCCACUGACGCCAAGAAGAAGAUUCAAAAGGAAACUGGCACUGAACCAACCUUGGUCGAAAAGGUUCAAGAUGCUGCUGUCGAUGCCAAGAAGAAGGUUCAAGAGUGGACUGGUACCGCUCCAACUACCGGUGAAAAGGUCAAGGAUGCUGCCAAGGAUCUAGCCGAUGACACCAAGCAAGCUGCCACCGAUGCCAAGAAGAAGAUUCAAAAGGAAACUGGCACUGAACCAACCUUGGUCGAAAAGGUACAAGAUGCUGCUGUAGAUGCCAAGAAGAAGGUUCAAGAGUGGACUGGUACUGCUCCAACCACCGGUGAAAAGGUUAAAGACGCUGCCAAGGAUUUAGCCGACGACACCAAGCAAGCUGCCACCGAUGCCAAGAACAAGAUUCAAAAGGAGACUGGUACUCAACCAACUAUGGGAGAGAAGAUCCAAGACGCCGCCACUGACGCCAAGAAGAAGGUUCAAGAAUGGACUGGCACCGAACCAACUGUUGGUGACAAGGUAAAGGAUGCUGCCACCGAUGCCAAGAAGAAAGUUCAAGAGGUAACUGGUACUGAACCAACCCUCGCCGACAAGAUCAAAGGCACUGCCAAUGAAGCCAUCGAUACUACCAAGACCUAUGCUGAAAAGAUCAAAGAAUCAACCGCUGAAACCUAUGACUCAUUGACACACCACAAUGCAAGUGGAAAGACAGCACUCUUAUCUACUAAAAAUUGUAAAUAA